GUUUACACAUGUGGCUGCAACUGAGAGCAGAGCAGCCCAGCAAGCCCGAGGGCCUUCAAAAGAGAAAUAUGAAUUUAGAUUCCAUUCAUCGAUUAAUUGAGGAAACACAAAUCUUUCAGUCACAGCAGUCGGCAGUUAACCCGCACUGGGAGAAGGUGGCGACUGCCUCGUCCCCCAGGGACACCUGCCGUCCCCGCUGCCCCCUUCACCGGCUGCAGUCUCAGGCCUCCCACCACUUCUGUGCCUGCUCCUCCAGCACCGAGUGGGACAUCUGUGCAGAGCUUCGCCUGCGGGAACUAGAAGAGGCCAAAGCCAGGGCGGCUCAGAUGGAAAAGACCAUGCGGUGGUGGUCAGACUGCACGGCCGACUGGAGAGAAAAAUGGAGCAAGGUCCGGGCGGAAAGGAACAGUGCCAGGGAGGAAGCAAGACAACUCCGGCUGAAACUGGAGAUGACGAUGAAGGAACUGAGCGAACUGAAAAAGCAGCAGCGUUUGCCACCUCGGAAGGAGGCUUUCGAAGCUAAAGUUACCCAGGGCCGGAGGCUUCCUGGUUUUGCAGAAGAGUCCUUUGAACACAGAGACCAAUUUCUAAUUGGUUCCCAAAUGAGUGAGUCUAGCAGGCAGUGUUUGGUAAAAAGACGAUUUCCUACAAAGGAGAACACGAGUAGUGAGGAAGAAAGUGUGGUUAUUGAUGCAUUAAAAUUAAGCGAGGACAUGAAACCCAGUGUAGAUUGCGUUGAUUUAUUCCAGAAUGACGGUUCUGGGAACUAUGCAGUGAAACCUGAGCUGAGGCUGCAACCAAUACAUCUGCCCUUGGAAAAGGAAGGAACUGAAACUUCAGCUCUGCAGGUGCAUUUGGAUCAAUUCCAAAAAGUCUUAUGGAAGGAAAGAAAAAUGCGCACAGCUUUGGAAAAAGAAAUAGAACAACUGGAGUCAGCUUUGUCGCUGUGGAAAUGGAAGUACGAAGAGCUGAAAGAACGGAAGCCAAAGUCUGUGAAAGAGGUUGAUAUCCUUUACAGUCAACAGGAAAAUGAAAUGAAAGACAUAUCAGCAGAUAUAAAGGAGGAAUCCAAAUCUCAAAACAGCAAGGACAGAGUGAUCUAUGAAUUAAGGACAGAGCUAGAGAGAUUGCAGGCUGAAAAUGCCUUGGAGUGGGACAAGAGGGAAAUACUUGAAACAGAAAAGCAAGGUCUGGAGAGAGAAAAUAGAAGGCUCAGGACUCAGGUGAAAGAAAUGGAAGAGCUCCUGGAUGGCAAAAACAGAGUGAGCGCAGACUCUCCAGACUGUGAUUUCAAGAGGGCCCAAACUGAUCUGCAGGAGCAAGACCAGGAACCAUCGAAUCUUCAACAUGCCCACUCUAAACUAAGCAGACAACACCAGACAAUAAUCACAGAACUGACUCAUGCGAAUGACCAAGCAGCUCAAGAUGAGGCGGAGGUGAAGAAACUGAGAGCUCGAGUGGAAGAACUAAAGCAGAGACUCCACCAGAAGGAAGUUGAGAUUGAUGAUUCCCUGAAUCAGAUCCGUAAGCUCCAGAGAUCUCUGGAUGAACAGAAAGAAGCAAAUGAAAAUUUGGAGCUUCAACUCAGGCACUUAGAAAGCCAGUAA